AUGUGCAUGCUUUUCAUCUACAUCAAUAGUGCGAUGUUUUAUGCUCUCUUCAGUAAGCCUGUGUUUAGAGAGAUGCCUCGAUACAUUCUGUUUGCCCACAUGCUUUGCAAUGACUCGGUGCAGUUGCUUGUGACUAUGUUAUUCUAUCUUUUAUUAGCAAAUCUUCAGGCAAUCCCCAAAACUCUUUGCACGUUAUUUACCUUCAUUGGAGAAGCAUCAUUCCGUAAUGCCGCUUUGAACCUGGCUGUAAUGUCACUUGAGCGCUAUGUGGCCAUUUGCUUUCCAUUAAGACACAGUGAGAUUGUGAACCAGAAAUCGGCAGGUAUCAGCAUUGCUCUUAUAUGGUUUUUUGGUUCAAUAAAUAUAAUAAUAGAUAUUCUUUAUGUACUGAUAAAGGACCCAAUGUCUUUUAAAAAGUCCAUGCUCUGUAUUCGAGAGAAAUUUAUCUAUUCACGAUGGCAAUUAGAUAUGAUUCAGGGCUUGAAUUCCUUUUUCUUUGUGACUGUAACUUGUACAUUAAUUUUCACCUACAUUAAUGUUGUUCUGGCCGCUCGAUCAGCCUCAUCACAAAAAGACUCUGCUAAAAAGGCACAACAGACCAUAUUGCUGCAUUUUGGUCAGUUGGUUCUCUGUGUUAACACGUUUAUUUAUGGAACUAUAGAGAGAGCCUUGUAUUUGGCCAGCAGCACAGAGUUAUUCCUUCAUUUGCGAUACAUUAAUUUCCUCUUGGUUCUCCUUCUGCCUCGGUGUCUGAGUCCCCUGAUCUAUGGCCUCAGAGAUGAUGCUUUGCGACCCUUGUUCCUCUAUUAUGUCAGGUGUGGGACUCAAAAGGUGAAGCCCUCUGUUAAUGUACACUGA